UCUAGUGAUGAGGAAAUUCCAGCAGAGGAAGAGGCAGAGGUGUUAAGAUUGCAGAGGGAGAAAGCAAAAUCAUUAUCAAUGAGGACUUUGGGCUUGAAGAUAUUAGUCCAGAUGAGACCACUGUGGAACCAACUUUAGGGGAAAUUAUGGUUGGAGGAAAAGGUAAAUUUGAAUGUGGCGUACUUGGAGGCACUGGAGAUGAUAUUGUGGCAGCUUUUGAGGAGGUUAAAAAAGAUUUGAAUGCACUGUCAAAGGAGGAGCAAAUGGAUGUUGUAUAUAGUUCUGCUCCAGAAUUGGUGGGACUGCUGUCUGAGCUGAAUGAUGCAGUUGAAGAGCUUGAAAGCAGAAUCAAUCUGCUUCUAAGCAAGGUUAAAGGGAGGGAAAGUACAACGAAAGGAGGAUCACGCUAUUUGGAAGUAAAGCAGGUUCUACUGCUGGCCUAUUGCCAAGCAAUUACCUUCGAUCUCCUCCUUAAGUCUGAGGGACAGCCAGUUCGUGAUCAUCCUGUUAUAGCUUGCCUUGUGGAUAUCAAAAGCUUAUUUGAGAAGAUGAAACAACUUGAUGAAAACCUUCUGUCUCACCUUCAAGAGAUUCCAAAAUGUAGUACUUCAGAUGAAAUGCCAGAAAAGUUGGUGAAUGAUGAAAACUUGUUGCGGUCUGAUGAUUCUGAUGAAGGUGACGAGUCCAUUCCACUGCCUAUUGAUGUUCAAGAUCAAGAGGCAAAAGAUCCUCAUGUACCCAUUCAGGAUGAUGAGAAUAAUGGAGAAAAACAUAAACCUCAGGUGGGAGCCGCUUUCUGUUCCGUCCAUUAAGAGGCAUCUCCUCAAGGUCGUUAAAGAUAAAGCUGCUACUUUCAAAGACGUCGAGGACUCCUACAGAAACAGGAGGAUUCAGCGCUCGUGGGAGUUGGAUCCCUUUAUCUUCUCGUCCACUGAUUGUGGACCGGCUGGCUAGGCGUCUUGUUACUAGGUUGUUUCUGGUUGUUGGUUUGCUUUUCGUUUUUUGGCUGUUCUCAGUUGCCUCUUGGGUUUUCCUCGGCUUCCUUCCACUCAUAAUGGGCAUGUCCACCUUGAGUGUAAGUUUUUGAAGCCGAUUGGUUGUACAGUUUGACCUUUCCCCAAUAUAUCUCUUAC